GACGGAAGCGUCACACCUUCCGACCAACGAAAAAAGUCGCCCCAUUGUUCAUUGUAUUCUGGGAAAGGGGUGAUACGUGAGUUCACAGUCAUGUGCGAGGGAGCAACAUGGGGACACCCCCCCCUCCUCCCACACGCACACACACACACACACACACACACUUUUUUUCUGGGAAGCAAGUUUCCUGGAGGGCGACGAGAAGUUGAGUUGCUGCGCAUGCGUACCGUCAGAACGCUAGCUCUCCCGAGAAGACUCCCGUGGCUAGUUUAUGUUUACUGCUUUGGUGUCAAUUUUUUAUCCUCGUAAUGUUUCCCAUCUAUCUGUACCCGCGGUGAUGUACGGAAAACACGUUAGUUUGUCUUACCGUUUUUGAUUACUAUUUUUCUUUGGCCGUUUGAUGCGAUUCGAUCGGUCAGCCGGCGUUCUGACACACUGCGCACUGCGCAUGCGCCGAUUGUGUUGGCGUCGGCAUGGGCGAUAAUUGCUCGCAGUCAGGUGAAGCGGAUGGGGGGCUGAGCAGCGCGGUGUUGGGCUGUAACGUGGUGAUGAAGUCAGUUGGAGCCUAGCAGUGUGGAUGCCUGCCGGUCUUAGCUGACUGUAUGUGGUUUCAGCGACAUCUUAAAUGGCUUGGAGGAUGGGAUGGGUUCCAGACGCUGCAGCCAUAAUUAUGGCUUCACCUCCCUCUCGGAGGCUAUGGGUGGGUGUGCUGUUGGUGGUGAUGGCUGAGCUGCCUGAGGUCUUGCAGAAAUGCAUCUUUGAUGACGUGCAGUCUCAAGUCAGGGUGGUCACGGCCGCACUCUUCAACCCAGAGAGCUCACCCACUGGGACCAGAACCAGUUCCCAUACUGGGCGAGAUCACACGGACUCCUCUCGUGUGGACGUUGGUCACAUAAAUAACCAUUUAAGACGGAGGGCAUCACCUCGGCGGACCUCGUCAACGAUGCAGAGGAGAAGCCAGAGAGGGCUGGACCUGCCCGUUCCAGUCUCACCUCGGCCCAUCCGGAUCCGGACCUGGCUUCCAAGGGACAGCGUCCCCCUGUCACAGACUGAGAGCGACAGGCUUCAUCCCGCUGUUGAGCAGGCUGUUGGUAUUGUGUCUUCCUGCCUGUCAGUUAACCCAGUUCCUGGUCGUUUGCUGCUCAGUAGAGACGUCAACAAGUACUGCAAAUUUCUCUGGAGGAAUUCAAGUACUGCCAACUUCAACAGGUGUGGUAGGGCCAAUGAGAACUACAGGACCGAGACCUGUCUGGAUGUGACUAUUCCAGAUGACCACCUGGGUGGAUGUGACGUCUACCCAGAUCCUAAUUCGCCAGUCAGGACUGUGCUCCGACCUGAAGGGGCCGGCCUGCCAGACACCGACUUCCUGCUUUACCUCCAUGCAAAGACCACCGACAGGUGCAGAGCUGAGCCCAGUGUGCUAGCCUAUGCAGCGCACUGCCAGACGGGCCCCCAGGGCCGGCCCCUGGCUGGGGUGGCAGUCAUCUGUAAGGACCGACUAACCAGAGACACGUUCAGUCACCACAGCACUGUGCAGACAGUGAUCCACGAGCUCUUCCACGUGUUGGGUUUCUCCAAAGAACUCUUCGGCACCUGGAGAGACUGUUCCUCUUCUUACCCUCAAGCCGGCGUGGGCUGUUUUCCCUGGCGUAAAGUGACCCACGCCGAUAAGUCGGGCCAGAUGAGGAUCUACACCCAGUCUGUCAUCACGGCGCUGCAGAACCACCUGACAUCCACUGACCCACAGCUGGGAGCACCUCUAGAAAACCUGGAUGUGUUGCCAGGGGGCGUGUCUUCUCACUGGGAGUCCCGUGUCAUGCAGGGCUCCAUCAUGGCGGCAGUGCUGCCUGACCCUGCUGCUGUCCGGAUCGACCCGCUCACCCUGGCGGCUCUGCAGGACACUGGCUGGUACUCCGUCGACUUCAGCCGAGCACAGAGCCUGGUGUGGGGAGAGGGUGAAGGAGCCAUGUUUGGAUCUCUGUCAACAUGUCAGGAUACACCGUCAUCCUUUUUCUGCAUUGGCAGUGGACUCGGGUGUCAUUACCUCCAUCUCCACAAGGGGGAGUGCAACACUGACGAAUACCUGGAGGGCUGUAGCAUGUACAAACCUCUGAGGAAUGGAAGCGAGUGUUGGAAGGAGGAGAACGGGAGGGGGUCGGCAGAGGAGGACCGGAGAGGGGAGAUCUAUGGACUCGGCAGCCGUUGUUUCUUCUCCAAUCUGACCAGAGAGUCUCUUCUCACUCCUCCCUCUCAGAAGGAGAACCGGGCUGUGGAGGGGCGAUGUUACCGUCACAGAUGUGUGGGACCCAACAGGUACCAGGUCCUGGUGGCCGGUUCUAGAUGGACAGACUGCCCAGCGGGAGGCGCCAUUCAGGCGGAAGGAUACCAGGGUUUGGUUUUCUGUCCCAACAAGAGAUUGUGUUGGCACCGUGAUAUCGCCCCGCCGCCCGACAACGUCAAGCCAUUUUCUGCGGCCUCCACCGCAAACCCAAGCACGUCUGAAAGUUUCAGCCGGACCUCAGUUUCAACCGCUUGGGAGACCCGGACUCCAACUUCACUACCUAAUGUAACGGGACACCCAGCAGAGCCAGUUAUGACCGCAGUCAUCAGCACCACCGUUGCGGUGUUCCUUCUGACUGCCAUCAUGGCCGCUUAUAAGAAGCGCCAUGCUUCCAGAGUCGGGGUCCACACUUACCCGGAAGACCUCAGUAGUUCGUUAUAAAAGUGUUCACAGGAACUCCUGAGGUAAAUCUGCAGAGUUUAGUAUUGUGUAAAAAUAUAUGUAUUAAUCCAGCAGGUGGUUUCCAGCUGGACAUGGUACUUUUCACUUGUGAGUCUUGAAGGAAAUCACUUAACGGAAGA